UAUGAGUCUACUUUUGUUGAAGAGAUUUCGUUAUGAUGCGGAGUGUCCGUUUUGGGUAAUUUUCGAGCAUGAUGAGCUGAUUUACACUGGUCGGUCCGAACACAAUCAUCCAUCGGCAUCUUAUCAUGAUAAGGCCGGACAGUGAUAAAGCGGUUGAAAUUGACGCCGAAGAUUACGGACCCGUUUCUCUUACUAUGGCUCCGUGCCGGACUCGACAUUUCUGCGUCUCGCGUCCCGAUGUGGGUCUCCGGACAACGCUUCAAGUCCGGCCAACAACCGAAUCGCGAAGUCCAAAAACACCAAAUUAUAAAAAGUCACGAUAUAUCGAAUUAAAUAGUAUAGCAACUCAUCAAACCAUUCAAUAACAACAAUGGCAUUCAACAAAGUCUCACAAUUUACAAUAUUCCGUGGCCCCGGAAAGCCUAACGCUUUUACGUGGUCCCCCUUCGUCAUCAAACUCGAAGCUCGUCUUCGCUUCGCUGGCGUGUCCUACAGGGUAGCCGAAGGAUCACCGAAAACUGCACCAAGAGGAAAGAUCCCAUACAUUGAAGCUGAAGGGGAGACUUUGAGCGAUUCGACAUUUAUUAUCAAACGAUUUAUCGAUGAGGGUCUUGUUCCUGAUCUAAAUGCAAGUUUGACGCCUGUUCAGAGAGCACAAGAUCUUGCAUUUAGAGCUCUUAUGGAAGAAAAGGUUUACUUUUACGGUACUCGCGAGAAAUGGUGCGAUAAUUAUUAUACCAUGCGCUCCAACAUCUUUGCUUCUAUGCCGUGGCUUCUACAGGUCGUUAUAGGAUAUUUGGCAGCUCGUGCAAACGCAAGGACCGCGUAUGGACAAGGAACGGGCCGUUUGACAGACGAAGAAGUUACAGAGCUGAGAGAGGAAGUUUGGGAGAGCGUUGAAGUUUUACUAGCGGAGGCGAGGAUGCGGAAGAAAGGCGAUGGACCGUUUUGGGCUCUUGGUGGUGAUGAACCUACAGAGGUUGAUGCGACACUCUUUGGGUUUAUUGCCUCGUCGUUGAUUUGUGAAGCAGCUCCGACUUCAGCGGCUAUUAUGAGGAAGCAUUCGAGUUUGGUGGAGUAUGUGGAGAGGAUUCAUGAGAGGUAUUUUCCUGAUUAUGAGCGAUGGGAGUAAAAUGGUGUUGCGGGCAUUGCGUGAGAGUUGAAGGGCUGGAGGUAUAGAACUUAGAUCCCUUGGUGUAAAGCAUCAGCAAGCAACUUUGCCAGUUCAUUGCAGAUAGAUCUCAACUAGAUUCAUCCAACCCAAGAAUCGGGGGUGCAUGCCAACAAUUCUCAUCAUGAGUUCCUGCAUGAAAUCUCCAAAACUUGUAAAUCAUCUCCAACACCGUCAGCCAAGUGCUCCAAUCCUACCUUGCAUCACAGCAUGUUUCAUCCCCAUAUUCUCGAAUAUCAAGGCUCCUCCAAAAUUCGACGUCAGACUAUCUUCUCCAUGAAACCAAUCCUCAGCGAAGCUUGGAAAGGGUUGAAAUGACGUUGUCCAAGUUUUUG